GAUCCAAUUUUGCUCCAAACGCAACAACGCAACUUCGUUACUCUCUCUCUCUCUCUCUCUCUCUCUCUCUGCAAAACACAAACACCAACACCAACGCCCAAUAUUCUCUUCCUCUCUUUCUUUAUCUCAGACGCACCUACACACACACUCACUGUCUCAGAGACACUCUCUUUCCCCCUUCUUCUUCAUUUCCACAUCCCCAAUUAGGGUUUCUCUAUGCCCCGAAUUCCCCUCUUUCUCUCCCUUGCUUGCCCCUCUUUUUUCCCUUUUUUGUUCCUUCUGCUGUCUCAUCAUCGUCUUGCAGCGCGCUUCAAGGUGUUUUAGGACUGAACGUGGAGUUUGAAAUGGCUUAACUUGAGCCCUAGCUUUUGGGUGAUUCCUCAAGGUUUUAAUAUAGCUUAAUGGCUCGGAAGGGUAAUCAGCAGAAGAAUGGAUUGGCAAACAAAAAGGGGGUUUCUGGGGGUGUUCUUCCAAAGGUUUAUCCUGGGGAAGGUAUGAAAGGUCAUGCCAAAGGAGGGACUCAGGUGAAGGUUUAUCCUGGGGAAGAAUUAGCAAAUGGCGACAGCCCGAGCCAUUUUUCGCAGAGUGGAAGUGAGGUUGCUUCUGCUUGUGAUGACAUUAGCAGUGAGCAAAAUUAUGAGAAGUCUUUGAGGAAAGAGAAGCAAGAGGAAUUCGUAAAGCAUGAUAUGGAGGAAUCUGUGUCUUCAGGGAAUGAUUCAGGUGGGGGAAGAUUGAAUCAUGAUGUGCCGAUACAGGAGGAAAAUGGGACCUUGCCUGGGAGUGAUCUAGGUCAACAGAGUAUGAAGAGUAGAUUGAGCUGUUUACUUGAUGGUUUGAAAGUGAAAAGUUUGGUGGAAAAUGCUGAGCUUGCUGAUCGUGUGAUCAUUAGGCGUAUAAGGUUGUCGGUGUUAUCCAUUUUUACAGCAGUUACUGGAUGGCUAACCCGGCAGAAGCCACUGUUUUUAUCCUUUGCAAAUGUCACUCUUAAAACCUGUGAUAAUCUCAGAAUGAAAAUUAAGAAGGCAUAUCCUGUUUUGUUAAAAUGGCUCAUGCAUCUUGGGAACAUAAUGCUUCUGUUAUCGGUGUUUUGGCUGGAUUGUGCGAUAAGGGGUUUCGAUUCAUUUGUACGUAUGGGGACAACGUCCUUUUUCUCUGUUAUAUGGUGCAGCGUAUUCUCUGUGAUUAGUAUGAUAGGGAUGCUCAAGUUUCUUGUUGUCCUGGGCCUAGCUGCCUUAAUUGGAUUUUUUGUCGGGCUCACCCUUGCAGUUUUGGUAGUUGCAAUCAUUGGGGUUGUAUUCUUGUGGUUUUAUGGUAGCUUUUGGACCACGACAUUUUUCGUCAUCCUCGGAGGAUUGGCAUUUAUGUUAAGUCAUGAACGUCUGGCACUAUUUAUCAUGACCUCGUAUUCUGUCUAUUGUGCUUGGUUGUACGUUGGGUGGCUUCGUUUGCUAUUGGCUUUUAAUUUAGCUUUUAUCUCAAGUGAUGUGUUGAUAUACUUCCUCAAGAAAAACAUCGAACAACAGAGUAGGUCCAAUCCUUUUGAACAAAGAGCCGGCAUGCAUGCUCAAUCAGGUUUCUCUAAUGAUGAGACAACACAGCCUUCCUCCUCUGAAAAUGGGCCUGGACCAUUUGCUGAUCGUAAUGCCGGAGACCCUUCAACUAGUGGAGUGGAUUCUGAUUUGACGUCUGAAGAUGAAGUUGUCCGAUUGUUGAACUGCUCUGAUCACUAUUCAGCAUUGGGUUUCACGCGGUAUCAAAAUAUAGAUGUUUCAGUACUGAAACGGGAAUAUAGGAAGAAGGCAAUGUUGGUUCAUCCCGACAAAAAUAUGGGUAAUGAAAAGGCUGCAGAAGCUUUCAAGAAACUUCAGAAUGCAUACGAGAUUCUUAUGGAUUCCUUGAAGCGAAAAGCAUACGAUGACGAGUUAAGGAGAGAAGAGCUUUUGAGUGUAUUUCGCAGAUUUCAUAAUGAUUCUCAAAAGAAUGGUAGGCACGGAUUCUUUGCUUCAGGAUUGGCACGAUCAGAUGCAAAUGGUGAGGACCCAUUUGGUGAUUCAAGGCGGAUAGCCUGCAAAAGAUGUGGUGGCUUUCAUGUCUGGAUACACACUAAGAAACAAAAGUCUCGAGCUAGAUGGUGCCAGGUAGAUUGCCAACAUUCUCAUGGCACUAAUCUUUUCGGCUUAUUGCAGAAGGUUGAUACCCCUGCUGCAUAUGUAUGUGCUGAUAGCAGGAUAUAUAAUGCCACUGAAUGGUAUAUCUGUCAGGGUAUGAGAUGUCCAGCAAAUACUCACAAGCCAAGUUUUCACGUCAACACUAGUUUAAUGACCAAGCACAAUUCCGGUAAAGGAACAAGUUCAGGUCAAAGAGGUGCGCGAGUGCCACCUAACAUGGAAGAAACCAUGACCGAGGAAGAAUUCUUUGAGUGGUUGCAGAAUGCCGUACAGGCUGGUGUAUUCGACAAUUUCAACGGCACUGCUGCAGCCGAGAGUCCCUCUUCCAAACCUGGAAACGGGACGAAAAACCAGGGCAAUGGUAGUGCCGGUGCAAGCGGCAGCAGCAGCAAGAGAAAGAAAAAGGGGAAAAAGCAAUGGUGAUAACUAAUUAACAAGGUCAUGUUUUUUUUCUCUCAUCAUUAUGGCUGUAUCACAGUGAGCACAUGUGAAGUCUUAUAUAAAGAAAAAGCAUGUAAGUUUUCUGAGUAGUUAUAAUCUGUUAAUGAAGCCCCCCCAAAUAGAGUUGGAUCCCAUUGUAUAGUGUCAUAUCUCCAAGCUAUUUUUAUUUGACUAAAUAAUUUUUUGGUAUACUAGUAAAGUAACCUUUCUGCCC